UAAGAGUGUAACUUCAGUAUAUUGACAAAUCGAGUAAAUUAUACUGUCAGUGUAUAUAAGCUAAAUUCUACUCUAUAUACAUAUAUCAUCACACACAUAUAUGGCUGACCCUUCACAUAGUACAAAGUCUAGGACAAAUACCAAACAUCCUUUAUAUCGUGGGAUACGUUGUAGAAGUGGGAAAUGGGUGUCUGAAAUUAGAGAGCCACGUAAGACUACAAGGAUAUGGCUAGGUACAUACCCUACUCCACAAAUGGCUGCCGCUGCUUAUGAUGUUGCUGCCUUAGCUCUAAAGGGAAGUGAUAAUGUUGUACUAAAUUUUCCUCACCAUGUCAAUUCAUAUCCAAAGCUCUCUUCCUCACCAUCUCCGGUGGAUAUACGACGCGCCGCGGCAGAGGCAGCGGAGGCGAUGGCCCUGCAGGGCAACGAUGAUUGGUCGAUAGGAAACAGGAGUGGAGCUACGUGUGAUGAAGGAGGUUCAACUGAAUUCUCUUCGUCGGAAAAUUAUGCUAUGCAAAUAGGCAAUACGCAGAUGAUUAUGGGUGAGGAGGAAUUUGUUGAUGAGGAGGCAUUGUUUGGUUUUCCAAGUUUGCUUGUUAAUAUGGCGGAUGCAAUGAUGCUUAGUCCCCCAAGAAUAAACUCCUCAUCCUUUGAAGAUUAUUUACCAGGAGACUUUGAUGUGGAAAGUCUCUGGAGCUAGUAACGAUCAGACAUGAAUCUAAGAUUUAGAGUUAAUUAAUGAGUCUUAAAAUGAGUUUAAUAUUAUUUUACACACAAGUAAUAAGUAUCUUUUUCAUUUGAAUAAAUAAUUCGUGUUGUUCAAUCAAAUUCGUUGAGCUCGGUUUAAA